CCGUAACCGACAAAAACAACUGAUAAUGCGAAAUGCGGAACCAAAAUCGCUGGUGUUAUUGUUCAAAAAGUGCUUUAAAUGUGAAUAUUACUUGUGUAAAUUUGUGUGAAUAAGUUUCAAUGUAUUUAAAUUUAUAGUAUAACAAGUUUCCAAACAGAAAUUUAUAAUUUUCCAUCAUGGGUGUGCCGAAAUUCUUCAGAUACAUAAGCGAACGGUAUCCAUGUUUGAGCCAGUUGAUUCUGGAAAGCGAUAUUCCAGAGUUUGACAAUUUGUACUUGGACAUGAAUGGCAUCAUUCACAAUUGUUCCCAUCCAAACGAUUAUGACCCCCACUUCCGAAUAACGGAGGAGAAAAUCUUCAAAGAUAUAUUUCAUUACAUCGAGGUGCUGUUUCGUAUCAUCAGACCCCAAAAAUUAUUUUUCAUGGCUAUCGACGGUGUUGCGCCUCGUGCCAAAAUGAAUCAACAGCGUGGUCGAAGAUUUCGAUCGGCCAAAGAAGCCGCAGAUCGGGAGAAAGAAGUUAUGAAGAAAGGUGAAAAGCUCCCAGAAGCUGAUCGAUUCGAUUCUAAUUGCAUUACACCUGGAACUCCGUUUAUGGCUAGGUUACAAGCUCAAUUAAGGUAUUUUGUCACGUCUAAAAUGUCUACCGAUAAAAUGUGGCAAAAAGUGAAGGUUAUUUUAUCAGGACAUGAGUGUCCUGGAGAAGGCGAACAUAAAAUCAUGGAUUAUAUUAGAUAUCUACGUGCUCAGCCUGAUCAUGAUCCAAACACUAGGCAUUGUUUGUAUGGCUUGGAUGCUGAUUUAAUCAUGUUAGGGUUAUGUUCUCACGAGCCACAUUUUGCGUUAUUGAGAGAAGAAGUCAAAUUCGGUUCUAGAAAUCAAAGUAAGAAAAUUGUUGCUCCGGAGGAUACAAAGUUUUUCUUGUUACAUUUAUCUCUAAUGAGAGAAUAUUUGGAGAUGGAAUUUUCCGAUGUGAAAGCUACGUUACCCUUUGAUUUCAACUUGGAAUCUAUUAUUGACGAUUGGGUUCUGAUGGGAUUCCUCGUAGGAAACGAUUUCAUUCCGAAUCUACCUGAACUUCAUAUAGCUAGUGGAGCUUUACCUGUAUUAUAUCGUGCAUAUAAAGAAGUUUUACCUACGUUGGAUGGUUAUUUGAACGAAAGUGGAACUUUGAACCUUGCUAGAUUUGAAGCCUACAUGAGGAAGUUGGGAUCGUUUGAUAUUAAACAAUUCAGAGAAAAAUACGAAGAUAUUAGAUACAUGGAAAGGAAGACGGGACAAACUGAGGGUGAUGCUGAAAGUACUCCGGCGAACAAUAUAAACUACCGAAGACCCUUGCAGCCAUUUUUCGGAUCAGCAGAAGGAGAAGGUGAAGAUAAAGAAGACGGAGAAGCUCAAGAAAUAGUAGAAGAGCCUUUAGAGAGCUGCGACGAUAAAGCUAUUCAAAACAUGAUGGAAAUGGAAGAGGACGAAGGAUCUGAUUACUAUGACGAAGAAGAAAGAGACAAAGAUCGCUUAGCUUUCUUCCAAGAAUUUCAUCUGCACAAACGCAACUAUUACCAAGAAAAACUCGAAUACGAACAUGUCACACCAGAAGUGUUACGUGGUCAAGCUGAAGGUUAUAUUACCGCUUUGCAAUGGAAUUUGAAUUAUUAUUACAAUGGCAUUUGUUCAUGGUCGUGGUACUAUCCGCAUCAUUAUUCGCCUUAUAUUUCUGAUAUACAGAAUUUCAAAGAUAUGAAAAUUGAAUUCGAUUCGGGCAGACCUUUCCUACCUUUCGAACAAUUGCUCGCUGUGUUGCCAGCUCUGAGCAAAAGUUUAUUACCGAAACCUUUCCAAGAAUUAAUGACUGAUGUUCGAAGUCCCAUUUUUGAUUAUUAUCCUUGUGACUUUGAAACCGAUCUGAAUGGCAAGAAAAAUGAUUGGGAAGCGGUCGUGUUGAUUCCAUUUAUCGAAGAGAAAAAAUUACUCGCAGCUAUGGCAACUUGUAGCGACAGAUUAACCGACGAAGAGAAAGAACGUAAUUCACAUGGUCCUAUGCACGUGUACACGUAUUCUGAGGAGAAUCUUGGUCGUUACGAAGCUCCGGCAUAUUUUAAUGCUAUAGAAAAGAAUCACGCUGUAGAUACACCUCUUCAUAGAGAUGAUAUCGCUGUACCAAGAGAGAAACUCCGAAAAGGUCUUUUACCGGGUGUUCUUUUGGAUGUAUUCUUUCCCGGAUUUCCUACCUUCAAGCAUCUUAAAUAUACCCAUAUACUGGAGCCAAAAGGCGUUAAAAUUUUCCAAUCUCCUAGUCAAGGAAUGAAUAUGAUUGUGAAACCAGUUAAAGAACAAGAAACGCCACCGUUGGACAUUUUGAUCAAAGAGUUUUUAAAUAAAGUCAUUCACGUUUCGUGGCCUUACUUAAACGAAGCAAAAGUGGUCGGUAUAUAUACAAAAGAAGAAAAAUGUUGGGUGGAAGCUGGACAGAUGAAAAAAGAACCAUUGAAUGCAGAUCAGCAGAAUGCUUUCAAAAAAGGAUCUGAAGCGUUGAAACACGAGUUUUUAAAAUCCAAAGGGAUCGAUAUUGGCAAUGAAGUCGAUUUGGUGUUUAGCGUGAGACUGAAAGAGGGGCAGAAAUUUGUGUUUAGUUCGUUUAGUUCUGGAAAUAAAAUUAGUCUCGAGAAGAAGUGGAGCAACAAAACGCAAUCUUUUCCAAUUCAAGUAAUUGUCAAAGAACUGAAAACCAAAACAGUAGAUCCGUCCGGGUUAACUUUAGACGAUAUAUUCCCUGUGGGAUGUAGUUGUUUCGUGUUGAACAAAUCAUUCUACGGAUGUUUAGGAUUAGUUUCAGCUCCUUCCGAAGACUGGCUCAUAAACAUCCGGGUUACCGCUCCUCCUGAACCUAAACCGAACGAAUUGCGUAUUAAACCGACAAAUAUACGAUAUUAUAAUAACGGAGAAACUGCUUAUCGAGCCAAAGUACCAAACUAUCUAGUGGCUCGGAUCACUGGAACUAUAUUUGUGUUGGAUACUGACGAUCCGAAAGAUGCUGAUAAAUGUCCUAGAGUCAAUAUAGGCUUGAAUUUGAAAUUUAGCCGGCGUAAUCAACAUCUUCCUGGUUACACGAAACGUAAUGAGAACAAUCAAUGGCUGUAUUCGGAUAAGACGAUAGCGUUGAUUCAGGAGUACCACGAUGCGUUCCCAGAUGUAUUCAGAUAUCUCAGUGAGAAUUCCGAUAAAGAUAACAUCUUCAAAACCCAUUUAUUCUCGUUACCAGGCCAAACUCACAUGCUGAGCGUGAUUAGUAACUGGCUAGCUAGCAAAACCGAACUAAAAGCUGAACGAAGAAGUUGCGAUGCCGAAUUAUUGGAAUCGGACGUUAUUCAGAAUGUGGAAUAUCAAGUGGAUUCGUUUAUGAAAGCCAAUAAACGUGGCAGAUAUGUAAAUAUCAAAUCCAGACCCAGUUGUUUGUAUCAGCCUUCAUCUCAGAUCGAAAAAGAUUACCCAGAUCCGGCCGAAUAUCAUUUAUUAGAUCGAGUUGUAAACGUACGUGAUAAUUUUGUAGUUCCUUUAGGUGCACGAGGAUUCAUCAUUGGUAUGGAGAAACAGGCUGAUACAGGAUUAACGUACUGUGAUAUCUUAUUUGAUAAUUCGUUCUCGUCUGCGGUACAAUAUCAUACGAAGAAAAAGCGUGUCUACAAGUUACCUGAUAGAUGUCUUUUAAAUAUCACGUACGCUAAACGAAAACACGAGAAAGAAGAAUUGAAAAAGGCUCAACCCAAAAUUCCUAUGAUGCAACCGAAUUCGAUGCCUCAUCCAAUGUUUCCGCCUCCGUUGAUGGCUCAAAAAGUAGACGUACCGAUGCAAGGCCCCGGCUUAGCGUAUAAUGUUGGUCCAAUACCUAGACAAAUCAUGAUAGCAGGUUCUGGCCAGCCUAUGAGCUAUUCGAAUGCAGUCACCGAUCGUAAAAUUAUACCGCAAAAAAUUGGCCAAUUUCGAGCUAUCGAGAAUAAUAACGUUGACGUUAGACAAAGACCACCUAAAACUGAUUCACCGAUAAAAACAAGAAUUAUAGAGAACUCUAAACUUGCCGGAGGAGUUGAAGAGGAAAAGAUCAGCGAGACGACAUUAGCCUUGAAGAAAAUGUUGCGUAUCAACGAUGCUAGUAACGAUAAAUCAGCUGGUAGCAAAAACGCGGAGGAUAAAAAGACCGAUCAUAACGCCGAAGAGAAUAAUGAUAACAAAGGUUACGUAAUCGAAUUACAAGAAUUAUUCCAGAGAGCAGGUAAAGGUAACCCUAGAUACGAGUAUACUCACUCAGAUGGAAAAUUCCGAGCAAAUUUACGCCUGCCUGGCGUCGAUGUGGCUAUUAGUGGCAAUCCUGCACCUACGAAGCAACAGGCCGGAGAAAAAGCCGCUUUUCUAGUUCUACAAUUUUUAAACCUAGUUAAAAACUAUGGCGAAAAAGUAUCGCCAUUGCCUCCUAGCGAAAACGUAAUACUAGAUUUGAACCUGCAAUUUUUACGACUGCAGUCGCAGUUGCAAGAUAUGCAGCGUCAGCAAAACGCCAUUGAUCGGUCGCCAUCGACAGCCAAAAUGCAAUACGGCGCCGUCGCAGGCCAAUCUGACGUCGAUGGACUGCAGUCUAUGAUCAGAUCGCAUCAACAGCAACUGCAGCAUCAGCAGCAGCAGCAACAACAACAACAGCAACAUCAGCAAAAAUUACAAAUGAUUUUGUCCACUCACCAACAGGCCGCCGGAGCGCAGUUACCGCCGCAACAUCAGUCGAUGGUGCCAUACUCGCAAACGUAUCCGCCCGGAAUGCCAUUCCAGCCACCGCAGGUUGCACAGCAGAGACAGAUGACUGUAGCCAAUUACACGUAUCUGCAGAACGCGCCGAAUAAGUACGCCGUGCAUCCGCAUCAGUUGUAUUAUCAGAAUGUGCAGAAUAUUUAUUAUAAUCCACCGAUCAGACCUACCAAUUUUCAACCUCCUAAUGCUGCUUCGAUUCCACCUCAGCAAUGGAUUCCUCAUAUGGUGCCACCCAAUGUUGUGAACAUGCCUCCAAUGCAACCUCGUACCUUUUACGCGGAACAGUUACCUCAAAAUUUUAACCAACAUAUCGAUAAACCAGCCUUGAAUUACCUCGCUUCUUCCAAUAGCCAAGCGUACAUUGCAACGAUUCCUAAUAACCCCAACGAUGGAGUGAAAACAAACGCCAAUUCACCUCUACCCAUGAAAUCGGACCCAUCACAGUGCUCCGGUAGGAUCUCAAAGACACCAAAAAAGAAACGCUUAGCUGCAAAUUUCGCUACCAAGGCUUCUAUGUGAAUAUAAGUGUUGUGUAAUGUAUCUAUAAUGAUGAAAAAAACACAACGAUAAUAAACUUAAGAACAAUACAUGUGUAUAUCAUCUUAGCCGUAGAUUUAAAUUCGAGAAAUUUUUCCGUUUAAAAAUUUUUCACAUAAAUGUUAAGUUUUAACAGUGUAAAAAAAUGUAUGUGUACAUUUAAGCGAUUUCUUUUUCCUCCUUUUUUUUCCAUACCUGUAAAAUAGAUUGAUUAACAAACUCGCAUUAUAAGUGGGUACACUUUUUUUUUUAAACUAGAAAUUUAUUGACUCAUAAGAUUUAUUUUCAUUACACUUUCAACAGUGUGUUCGGUGUUGUAAAAUUAUUAUUUUUACGUUUUUUUUUUUAAAUGAUUUAAUUUUCUUUUUUUUGACAUAGAAUGAUUUUUUUCGAUUAUGUCAUUGUGAAUUAUUUAUUUUUUUUUUGCCUUUUUUAUAUUAUUUUAAAGUUGAUUAUAAUUGGAAAUUUUAAAAGUUUUAAAAAUAAUUAACGAGUUUAUAAAGAAAUCACCAAUGUUUAAUGUGUACUGUACUAUUUUGUUGAAUAGAAUAAACGGUAGUGGAACUGGA